AAAUGGCCUCAACAACUCUCUCAAGCGCCAUCGUCGGAACAUCCUUCCUCCGCCGUCAAAAUGCUCCUAUCAGCCUCCGUUCCCUCCCCUUAGCCAACACUCAAUCCCUCUUCGGUCUCAAAUCAGGCACCGCACGUGGUGGACGUGUCACCGCCAUGGCUACAUACAAGGUCAAGUUCAUCACCCCAGAGGGAGAGCAAGAGGUUGAGUGCGACGACGACGUUUACGUCCUUGACGCUGCGGAAGAAGCUGGGAUCGACUUGCCUUACUCUUGCCGUGCUGGUUCUUGCUCGAGCUGUGCCGGGAAAGUUGUGUCGGGAUCUGUUGACCAGUCUGACCAGAGUUUCCUUGAUGAUGACCAGAUUGCUGACGGGUUUGUACUCACUUGUGCGGCUUAUCCUUCUUCUGAUGUUACCAUUGAGACCCACAAAGAAGAUGACCUUGUUUAAAACAAAAGCUCCUUAACAUGCUUUUGAUGGUUCAUUGUCUUUACAUUUUGUUGUUACUUAGUAAAAUCUAGUGUUGUCUGUGUUCUUUGUUUGCCCCAUCUUUUGGUAAUAUCAGUGGAUAAAAGUUAAAAACUUAUGAUCAUGCAAAAUCUGGAUAACUUUUGCUGAGAAUCUAAACAAUA